UUUUGUAGAAUGAUUUUUCAACUACAUGGAGGAAUGUGCAAGGCUCUUUCUUCAAUAUAUUGUAAAGCGUCAUCAAUUUUCCCUUCAUUGGAAGAAGCACGACCUCGGAGCAAAUCUGGUAUCCAGGCAUUAUGCUCGUUGCAUGUGGCACUCGAAAAAGCCAAAAAUACUCUCCUACAUUGUACAGAGAGCAGCAAACUUUAUUUGGCUAUAACUGGGGACUCUGUCCUGUUGAAGUUUAAGAAGGUAAAAUGUGCUCUACAGGAUAGCCUUCAACGCGUUGAAGAUAUUGUUCCACAGUCAAUUGGCCAUCAGGUUCGGGAGAUUAUGAAGGAACUGGAUAGUACUCAAUUUUUCCUAGACCCUUUGGAGAAGCAAGUUGGUGAGGACAUUAUUGUAUUGCUCCAACGAGGACGAACAUUUAGCAACACUGUUGACAACAAUGAGCUUGAGACUUUUCACCAAGCUGCUAUAAGACUUGGAAUAAACUCCUCUAGAGCAGCUCUUGCAGAGAGAAGAGCACUAAAGAAAUUAAUAGAUCGGUCUCGCACUGAAGAGGACAAGAGGAAGGAAUCAAUUGUUGCAUAUCUUUUGCAUCUCAUGAGGAAGUACUCCAAGUUAUUUAGAAGCGAGGUAUCUGAUGACAAUGACUCGCAGGGUUCUGGACCUUGUUCACCCACUGUUCAGAGCACUCUCGAGGAUAGUGGACCUGGUGGAAAUGGACAAGCCUUUGAAAGGCAGCUAACAAAGCUUGGUACUUUUAACAUGAAGCCAACAAAUCUCAGAUUGGAGCAGAUUCCCCUUCCACCUGAUGAGUUGAGGUGUCCUAUAUCAUUGCAGCUUAUGUAUGAUCCGGUCAUAAUUGCU